GCUUCUAUGGUUGGGUCCAUUGGCUGGCCGGCUGGGCCUGGAGUUUUGAUUGGUCCAUGGCCUGAGGCGACGGAUUCCGGAAAGGGGAAGAGCAGCCAAUAUGGCGACGGAGCGCGGCGCGGGGCAGCAACAGUCGCAGGAGAUGAUGGAGGUUGACAGGCGGGUUGAAUCUGAAGAGUCAGGUGAUGAGGAAGGGAAGAAGCACGGCACUGGCAUUGUGGCAGACCUCAGCGAACAGAGCCUGAAGGAUGGAGUAGACCGGGGGCCAGAGGACCCAGAAGAGGAACAUGAGCUGGCAGUGGAUAUGGAAACCAUCAGCCUGGACCGAGAUGCAGAGGAUGUUGAUCUGAAUCACUAUCGAAUUGGAAAGAUUGAAGGCUUUGAGGUCCUAAAGAAGGUGAAGUCACUCUGCCUUCGUCAAAACUUAAUUAAAUGCAUUGAGAACCUGGAGGAAUUGCAGAGUCUUCGAGAACUGGAUCUCUAUGAUAAUCAGAUCAAGAAGAUUGAGAAUCUUGAUGCACUGACAGAACUGGAGGUUCUAGAUAUUUCUUUUAAUUUGCUGAGGAACAUUGAAGGGAUUGACAAACUGACACAGCUGAAAAAACUCUUCUUGGUUAACAAUAAAAUCAAUAAAAUUGAGAACAUAAGCAGCUUACAUCAACUGCAAAUGCUGGAGCUGGGGUCUAACCGGAUCCGGGCAAUUGAAAAUAUCGACACAUUAACCAACUUGGAGAGCUUGUUUCUGGGGAAAAACAAAAUUACAAAACUUCAGAACCUGGAUGCACUUACCAACCUGACAGUUCUCAGCAUGCAGAGCAACCGGCUAACAAAGAUUGAGGGUCUGCAGAGCUUGGUGAACCUGCGGGAACUAUACCUCAGCCACAAUGGCAUCGAGGUUAUCGAAGGCCUGGAGAACAACAACAAACUCACCAUGUUGGACAUUGCAUCAAACAGAAUAAAAAAGAUUGAAAAUAUCAGCCAUCUAACAGAACUGCAAGAAUUCUGGAUGAAUGACAAUCUCCUAGAGAGCUGGAGUGACCUUGAUGAGCUCAAGGGUGCCAGGAGCCUGGAGACCGUGUACCUGGAGCGCAACCCCCUGCAGAAGGACCCUCAGUACCGGCGGAAGGUCAUGUUGGCCCUGCCCUCCGUGCGGCAGAUCGACGCCACGUUCGUCAGGUUCUGAGUCCUUGCUCUUCACCUGGCCCCUCUUUGCAAAAGAACUUCCCAGCUACGGUUUUUUAAUCUACCUGUUGCUCCUGAAGUCGUCACUACACCAACAGUCACAACCCAAUGGCAAUAACAAGGCACUGGUGGCACCUGGCCUGUGCUGCCACACACCAUUUGGAGAUGCCAACACUAUUAAAUCUUGCCGCGAGGUCUUCCUGGUGAAUUGGUGACAGUUAUUGUAGCCAUGGAGAAAAUUCAGGACAUGUUACAGCCAUUUGUUCUUCCUUUCUGUCUAUGUCCUUAGCAUGGUGGCCAUUCUGGGCUGCCCCAGCAGGCCACCAAGCCAGUUUGCAGGGCUUAAGUAGUCGUGACCCACAGCAGCACACUUGAGAGUCUUUCAAACCAAUUUUGGAAAGAAAAAAUUUUUUCUUUGCCAAUUUUGAAAAGGGAAAAGUAUAUUUUAGAAAUUUUGAGUAAAAGAUGGUCUAAUCCCCGAAGCUGUAAUCCGCAGAGCCCUUCCAUCAUGAGCAAUGAUUGAGCAUGCUGGCCACUGUGUGACCUUGUUCCCACUUGGUAAAAGCUGAACGAUGGAAAGCCUCACUCCAUAUCGCCCAGCCAUGUUGAACCUCAGUGAUUCUCAAAAACAUACAUAACUAAGCUCUUGGCCACUGGUCACUACUCACAUUGCCUCCUAGUCUCACCCAUGAUCCUCUCGCCUUAUUUAGAUGAAAUUUCUAUGAGCAAACUCCUAGGGCAUGAAUCUAAUGCUACAAGAGCAUUGUCAUCCCUCUGUGCCUCAGAUUUCCUCUUUCACACAGUAAGGACUAAAUAUGGUCACCAAAGACCCCUCAGCUUCUAGGGUUCUAGUUGUACACUGUCCAAGAUGGGGCCCACUGACUGCCACAGGUGGCAAUUACUGUUCAUAGCUAAGUCCAUUAGAUUUAUUUAUCUCCUUAGUUGUGCUCACAUUUGAUCUACUCAGAGGCCACAUCUCAUGGAAGGUGUCCCAUUUCCAUCAUAGAAGGUUCUGGAAAACAUUGCUCUAGACUCUGCCCAAUAUUAGGGGGGUAGCGUGCCUUGAGCUGUGAAGCAUGUGCCCAAGCUACCAGUUGGCCAACUACCCAGGAGUUUGUAAUGUCAAAGUGGUUACAUGGGAUUUAACAUCCAUUUCCUGAUUCUAAUUCUCACCAAAAUAAACUGUAUGGUCUGAC